AAUCCAAUCCAAGUAAGUUUAGCUUUGGUUGCUUCGGUCGCUUCGGUCGCGCGUCGCGCUCCGCGCCUGUCUUCCCUCCAUGUUUUGGAUCUUGUCAGGCCAACGUGCGCGUAUUAAUGAAGUUUAUUCACGUUCUUCCUAAACAGUGGAAAGGACAGCCGUUGCAAACGAAUAGUUACCACGUUCUGAAGUCGUGAUGGAAGUUUGCGAGGACGAAUCGGCGCCCCCUUCGAUGCCCGCUGCACCGGUGGUCGUCUCCUGGCUCGAUUUUCUGCUCGAUGACACCUUGCUCGAGAAGCACCUCUCGCAACAGGAGAAGCCAGACCCCUCUGCCUUUGAGCUGGUUAUCCAGUUCCUCUCCAAUGCCACAGAGCUGCCAUCCCCAGGCAGCAGCACGCCAGGCAAUGGGCCUCAGGGGGGACUCGAAGGCCCUGCUUCAGGGGAACCGGGCAAUUGUUCACCAGAACAUGAGACUGCCAACCGGAAGUCCCUUCCCCUCAAGCUACUGGCCCUCAAGGCUGCUGCAUUUCUUGGCUGGAACCUGGACUUGUUUGAGCAGAAGUUGCCCCUGACGAUGCAGCAGACACUCAUCAAUGAGCUGCAGAAAGCGGUCGACUGCACAGAGUUGCUGGGAGAUGCCAAGGAGGAAGUGGGGCCAGAUGCGGCUUUUGCCCUGGGUCUCAGAUGCCGCUGGGUCCUGAGGACAGCAGUGCGCUCUCGCAUCCCUGUCCGGAGCGCUAAGGGUAUCGCCCUGCAAUUGCCAGGGCAGGUGGAUCCGACCCAGGUGGCACCUGAGGUGGCCGACGCAAUCACCAAAGCGUGUGAAGAGGAGUGUGAGGCUGCCUCCUCGUUCCUGGAGCGUCUUCUCUCGGAGCGGUGGCCCGUGCGCGUGCCCACCAUAGCCACCUUUGCGGUGCUCAAGAGGGAGGAACCUCCGAGCCAGAGCCACCAUUGGGACAGGGGUGUCAUGGCCUCUCAGGAUGACCUCUCCUGCCAGAUUUCGUAUGAGCUUGGUGCAUUUCACUUCUACAAAGAGCGCUACCAGCAGGCUGCAGAGCGCUUUGAAUCUGCUCUGCGACUUUACUCCAAGCUGAAGCAGAGGCAGCUGAGUCAGCUGGACCUGGGCCGCCUCAAGGGCUUCUGCCUGGCAUGUCGUUCAGGGGGCUCGAGGCGUCCCAGCUCACUGCUGGAGAAGCUCAAGGCCAGCCUCACCGCCAAUUGCAAGGGCCUCGUGUCCGUGCUGCUCGAGGACAACGUCAAGCGGGAGAUCCCGCUUUGGGAGCGGGACAUGGCCGAGCUCCGAGCGCACCAGAUGCUCCCCAACACCGAGGUGCCCACGCAGGUGAGCCUGUGCAACUGCAUCCGCAAGGUAGUGGAGGGGGACCUCUCUUUGUGCGGCACACAGAUCAGCUGGGCCACCAUGGACAAGGCGUGCAUCAUCUUCCUCAAUGAGGCCCUGAAUACUGUGGUGCCUUCCCUCAACGUGAGGGAGAUGGGCUUGGUUCGCAACUUGGUUGGAUACCUGUGCAAGGUGUCAGUUGAUGUGUCCAAGACCCUGGCGUGCUCGGGUGUGCUCAAGAAGUACUUCCCCUCCGAGCAGGCCCCGACGGAAGCAACGCCUGGCGUGACUCUGGACAGGGCCUCCUUUGCAGAGAGUGCAGCCACACACGUGGGGCGCAUGGAGCGUGCCCUGGUGGCUUCCCAAGACCCCGAAGAAAUCUUGUCGCUGGUCAAGUUCCUUGAGGGAUCCGUGCCGGCCGCCCGUCUGCCCACCCUCAGCUGCCACUGGAAGCUGACGCGCAAUCUGCGGGAGUUCCAUCGUGGCCUUCCCCCCCAAUGGCAGGGGCGCAUGUAUGUGCUCUUGGCCAAGGCUGUGGAACUACGUUCACUCAAGCGUUACGGUGCGUCGCUGGCCCUCCUGCGCACGGUGGACUCUGAGCUGAUGCCGCAGUGGCGCCGCCUGGCGUCCCUCCUGGCCAGUGAGGUGCGCCACACGGAAGUGCUCCAGGCGGCUGCCAGCACCAACCUGGGUGCCAGAAAGGCCGAGCUGGCGCAGCUGGCCAGGGACACCGUGCUGGCCUACUACAGGGACGCCGACACAGACCCAUGCCAGGAAAUGGCGGAGCUGUGCUGCACCCUGCUGCUGAACCUGCACGAGUGGGACGUAUUUGCCGAACUGGAGAGGCAACAGCGAGGCCCCGUUGGAUUCCUCGAGCUGUCGAAGGUCCUGUCGGCCGUCUGCAAAGAUGUCUGCCUCAACAAGUUCACCCGGUCGAUUGCCCAGGAACUCUGGGAUCUCGUGCUGUCCAUGUUUACUACUAACUUCUCUGGUCACAAGCGUGGGGCCUCGGGGACUGUGAAGGACACGGCACAGCGCGAUGCUAAUGCACUCAGCAGGAACACAUUCCACUCCUUUGUCCAGCAGCUCAAAGACAACCUUGCCCUGACCAUCCUGCUCUCCUGUCUGGCCAAGCUGUAUAACAUUCUCAAGGAGGACAGCAGUGCCGAACUGUGUCUGGAGCAUGCCCAGCUAUGGCCCACUGUUGUCACCAGCCCGUCCUCGCUGUGCAAGGCCACCCUGACGGACGUGUUUCAGUCGACGCUGCAGCACUGCCUCGCCGUCAACAACUCUCACGCCGGCUGGGUCAAGCUUCUGGCGGACUUCUGCUAUGCUCAGGGCCACCACUCAGCAGCACUGAAGCAUUACCUGACCUCUGUGUUGAUGAGCAGCGACUACUUCAGCCAGACGCCGCCCAGGACCCUGGUGGAUGACACCAUGUAUCGCAAGAUGGCACACUGCUGCACCAAACUGCAGUGCCACACGCAGGCGGCGCUCCUGUGCCAGCUGAUGGAGGAGCCGGACUACGGGGCCGCCUUUAAGUCCCUGAACGAACGGCAGUGUCAGGACUCGUGCGACUCCCUGUACGCCCACGUCUGGGACGUGGUGCUGCUGGAGUUCCUGGUGAACCUGCACACCCGCAGGGGCGAAGUGGAGUCGCGCCAGAAGGCCCUGCGCUGCCUGGGACAGCUGGAGCUGAACCCAAACAACAACCAGGAGAUUCAGAGGGAAGCCGCCAACGUCCGCAGGGCACAGUUCCUCAGGGUGCUGGCGAAGCAAUAUCUCUGACCGCUCACAACCGCUCGCGUUUUGGAAAUAAAGCGCAACUACAGCC